AUGUCCAGCUCCGGCGAGGCAGAGCUCUUACACACAUUCAAGGGGAUUACCUUUACCACCAGGUCUUCUCCAGAACUUUUAAAAUCCUUGGAUACUUUUGAUGCUAGAGAAGAUGAUGUCCUUUUGGUUUCCUAUCCCAAAUCUGGCACUCACUGGCUUGCAGGAGUUAUAACAAAGCUUUACACGACUCAAGUCACAUUAACAUCUCCCAUUGAACUUGGAGACAUUUCCCAGCUGGAGGAGCUGAAUAAACUCUCGUCCAAGAGAAUCAUCCCAACACACUUAGACUACAACAUGUUGCCUCCAAAUUUUAAGAAUAAGAAAUGCAAGAUGAUCUACAUCAGCAGAAAUCCAAAAGACACUGCAGUUUCCAUGUUUCAUUACUACAGAGAUAACCCAAACCUUCCCACUGUAGACACCUGGACUGCUUUCUUUGACCUGUUCUUAAAAGGCAAUGUUGUCUGUGGAUCCUGGUUUGAUCAUUUCCUAAGCUGGGCAGAACACGAAGAUGAAAAAAACAUCCUCUUUUUGUUCUAUGAAGACAUGAAGAAGGAUCUCCCUAAGGUCGUAAAGGAAAUUACUUUGUUCUUGAGUUUAAACGUCAGUGACAACGAUAUCCAGGACAUCUGCAAGAAGUCCUCUUUCUCAGAGAUGAAGAAUGACACAGAGAAGGAGAACAGUGAUCCCAGUCACACCGUGUGUGCUCUGACAUCCAACAGGAAGCUGAUUUUCCGAAAAGGUGCUGUUGGUGAUUGGAAGAACUACUUCACUCCAAAGCAGAAUAUUAGGUUUCAGGAGAUAUUCAAUGAGAAAAUGAAACUCAGCAAGAUGGCAGAUAAUUUUGUCUAUGAAUUCUGAGUCAUGUGAAGAACAAUAUCCAGUUAUCAAAGAACAUGAAC